UUGGAUUGCUAGCGGUGUGGUGGUGCGAGGUUAGGUUAGCCGCAAUCCGAGGUUUGUGGACAGCAGAGAACCGGUUGACAAUGAGCGAGUCUUUGGUUGUGUGCGAUGUGGAUGAAGAGCUUGUUGAGAAGCUGAAAAAGUUUCGCUUCCGCAAAGAAACCAACAAUGCUGCUAUAAUAAUGAAAAUAGACAAAGACAAACGCUUGGUGGUGCUGGAAGAAGAGCAUGAGGGUAUUUCACCUGAUGAACUUAAGGAUGAACUUCCUGAGAGGCAACCAAGAUUUAUAGUAUACAGUUAUAAGUAUCAGCAUGAAGAUGGAAGAGUUUCCUACCCGCUGUGUUUUAUAUUUUCCAGUCCAGUAGGGUGUAAGCCAGAACAGCAGAUGAUGUAUGCUGGAAGCAAAAAUAAACUGGUUCAGAAGGCUGAGCUUACAAAGGUUUUUGAGAUCAGGAAUACUGAAGAUUUAACCGAAGAAUGGCUUACUGAGAAACUUGGGUUUUUCCAUUAAGUUGCAUCUCUUUUUUUUUUUUUUUUUAUCUAUGUGAAAGAGCCAGGAUUGUACCUUUUUUUUUGUUACUCUAUUUGUUCCCUUUUUAGUUAAGAUACCUGCCCACUCAAUGAGUGUCUGUGCUGCUAAGAUGUAUGGAAAUCCUUUUCCUAUUUUCUAACCAAAAACACAUUAUAAGUAACCCAUUUAAAGGGGAAUAGUCACCUCUUACAAACUUUACACAAAUGUGAUCAAUGCUACUGGUACUAGUUGCAAUACUUUUCAAAUUUAUGUUCAUUUGAUAUAUUUCUAUCCCUUUUUCCCCCUUAAUUUCUUCUGUUACAUUAUCAAAGCAGCUUUUUAAUGAAAUUCUCUCAUCUGAUUGGAUAAACAGAUUUAUUCAUUAUCUUUGAUGAGGCACGUCUCGUUGCUAUCCAAAGUUCUUUGUGAUAACUGUUAACGUUAUUACACUAUUACAGCUUUUGAGUUGAGUUGUGGUAGCAAAUGCUUCUGCAUUAUCAAUGCAGAUAUCUUCGAAAAUGUCAAAAAAUAAAUUGCAGCUAGCCCUA